UGCGUAUACCAAAGGGAAAUCCGAUUAUGUGAGGCAACCAAUUUCAAAACACGGUCUCAAACGCAUAUGGGAAUUUCUUAUUGAAGAAGGCGAAGGUAGUGCUGAAUUGCAGUUCAGUCCAUAUGGAGGGAGAAUUGGUGAGAUUUCGGAUUCCGAAAUUCCUUUCCCACAUCGGUCAGGCAACAUAUUCAUGAUCGAAUAUUCAGUAUUCUGGUCUGCAGAGGAGAAUACAGAAUCAGAAAGGCACAUAAACUGGAUUCGAAGACUUCACAGCUUUAUGGCUCGUUACGUCUCGAAAUCUCCAAGAGCAGCAUAUGUCAAUUACCGGGACUAA